UCGCAUACAUAAGAUACUGAGGUGAUCGCGUUUCAUUACAUUUUCUCCUUGAAUACCCGAAAGGUAUCGAAAAGAAGAUUAUCGAGGCUGGUGUGAGGCGGCUCGGACCACAUACAUACCGGAGAGAAGCGACAUCGUUUCGCUUUUACUUUGUCCUCGAUGAUGGCAGCUCAGGAUUUCAAUUUUUUACUUGCGACGGACUCUUAUAAGAUUACCCACUACAAGCAAUACCCACCCAAUGUCAGUAAGGUCUACUCCUAUUUUGAGUGUCGGCACAAAAAGGGGGGGCAGUUUAACGAGGUGGUGUUUUUUGGCCUCCAGUAUCUUCUAAAGAAGUACCUAUCAGGUCGAGUUGUCACGGAGGAAAAGAUUCAGGAGGCGAAAGUCUUUUAUCAGAUGCACUUUAAACAGUCAGUGUUCGAUGAAGAGGGAUGGAGGAAAGUUUUAGAGAAAUGUGAUGGCCGCCUUCCAAUUCGUAUCAAAGCGGUUCCCGAGGGGAAGAUCAUUCCCAGAGGAAACGUUCUUUUCACAGUGGAGAACACGGAUCCAGAUUUCUUCUGGCUCACCAAUUAUAUUGAGACAAUGCUGGUCCAAAUGUGGUACCCCAUCACCGUGGCAACAAUCUCCAGGGAGUUCAAAAAGAUUCUGGCCAAGCACCUGAAGGCCACGUCGGGAAGCCUGGAGGGUCUGGACCUCAAACUGCACGAUUUUGGCUACAGAGGGGUGUCCUCACAAGAGUCAGCAGCACUUGGUGGAGCUGCUCACCUGGUGAAUUUCUGCAGCACAGAUACAGUGGCAGGUCUGCUGAUGGCACAACGAUACUAUGCAUGUCCUAUGGCUGGAUUCUCCAUCCCUGCUGCAGAACACAGUACCAUCAUCUCCUGGGGAAAGAGCCGAGAGAAAGACGCGUUCGAGUGUCUGCUGGACCAGUUUCCCUCUGGGCCUGUAGCCGUGGUUAGCGACAGUUAUGAUAUUUUUAAGGCUUGUAAGCACAUCUGGGGGGACAAGCUGAAGGAGAGGGUGAUGGAGAGGAGUGAGGAUUCUGCACUCAUUAUUCGCCCGGAUUCCGGGGACCCUGCUCAGACCCUCAUAGAGGUGAUAAAAAUUUUGGAGGAGUGUUUCGGAUGUUCUCUCAACUCCGUUGGUUACAAGGUGCUCCCAUCAUAUCUGCGCAUUAUCCAGGGAGAUGGAAUUGAUCUGAACUCUGUUAACGAGAUUCUUGAAAAACUGAGUGAUGAGGGUUGGAGUGCGGAAAAUGUGUUUUUCGGUUGCGGAAGCGCACUGCUGCAGAAAAUCAACAGAGACACGCUAAACUGUGCUUUUAAGUGCAGUUACGUGGAGACCAAUGGCAAAGGCAUGGAUGUCUAUAAGCAGCCAGUGACGGACCCAUCUAAAGGAUCCAAGCGUGGUCGUCUCUCUCUAAGGAGAAAUUCAGAUGGCUUCAUUGAGACGGUGGAAAGAGGAGCAGGCAAACCACAGGAGGACAUGUUGGUGACAGUGUUUGAAAACGGAACGAUUCUGCAGGAGUACACACUGGAUGAGAUCCGUAAAGCUGCUCAGCUUUGGGAGGAAGACAUGAGCCCUUCUCAGCACAACAAAGAGGAUGACACUACUCUGGAGAUUCACCAGAAACACAUAAUGAACGGCGUGCAUUAAUAAACACAGUAUGCGCACCGUUCUCAACACUGCCCCCUACAGACCAACCCCAAACCUAUUCCACAACACUCAGAUGUUCGUCAAUAUAGCAGAACACAGUGUUGCCAAUACAGUAUACAAGUACAUAUCACGUCUGACUUUUAGACUUUUGAGGCGACCUUUAAACUUUGGAGUUGGUUGCCACCGUUAUUUUUAAUAAUUUCCUCCACUUUUGCCACACUUUGAGAUGCCAAAUAUCUAUGUUGGUGCAUUAGAAACGCGUAUGUGUUUCAGGAGUACAUUGACGACAGGGUUUGCAGUCGAUUGAUUGUAAUGUUGUUAAAGCAUCGCCUGGCAGUACAUUCGAUAAAUGAAGGAAACUUCAUUUGAGGUGAUCUCAUGAUCGUAUCUGGGCUUCUGCACCAGCAAUUCUGCACAUGAUAGUGGUUUCUGAUGUGACGUGCAAUGACACUCUCUGUAAAUGCAAAAAUUUGAUUCAGAAAUCACUAUGUAUUUCUGUUUUGGAGGAUUUUGGGUGUUCUAUUAAUUUUUUUUUUUUUCUUUUAGACACCCAUAAUGCCAAGAUAGCGAAGAUGCAUAUUUUUUUUUUUUUACAAUAAACAACUAAUUUUAAACAAUUUUCAUGUUGUGUGCAGCGUAGAGAUGUUACAUAGCUCGCGUACACUCGCUUCCUGACCUGUCAGAAUGAUUAUUCUGAGUUAUUACUUUUGUUGGCAAAGAUGGACAAAACUCUUCUGUGGUGAUUUUUGGAACACCAAAACCGAUCCUGAUGUCAUUAACACUAUCAGUGCUACAUAGAAAAGAAUCAAACGUAGUUACAGUGUGAUUCGUGUGGAGCUGGUUUUAGACUUCCGUCUGAGAUGCGCAGAAUACAUUAUAGAAACGCUUUGCAGUAUUCUGUCUACACACAGCUGCUGAUGGUGCCUUAAAAACCACUCUGACCUCAACGCCGGUCACUCUCUCUUGCUUUGUCCUUUCCUCCCUUAAUUUUUCACUCUUAGUAGUGUCCAUCAUGCUCUAUUUCUCUUUUAUCCUUCUGUGACUCACAUAUGAAUGAUGUUCAGUGAUUUGUUUUCGUUUCUUUUUUUUUUUUUUUUUUUGUUUUCUGUCAUCUAUAUGCUGAUGCUGAAUGAGAUGUGCAGUGGAUUUAAUUACGGAGUGCAGAGUGAUUAUCAAGUCAUCAUCUUUGUUUAUGAUCAUGGAAAUGAUUCAUUUCCAGUUUGUUCCGAACAUCUGAAAUGAAGCAGAUUGACCCUACCUCUUUUUUUAACCAAUAAGAAUGUAUAUUAAUAUGAAGUGAUGAUCCUUACACUUAGAAAAACAUUCACUCUGUUGUGUAAAUACUCUUUAUUGGUAGUUUCGAUUAUAAAUUUUGUCUUGAAAUUUUAGCAUUCUUGUCGCAUUUUUUUUUUAUUUUACAGAAGCACUAUUUUGAAUGACAAAUAGACCAGCAAACAGUAAAAAGAUAUAAUAAAUAUAGACUGAACGUCUUCGUCUUAAUAAUUAA